UUCGCGAUUAAAGCAAUGGCGUCUUUGUGAGUUGUCCUUUUCGCACGAUAUUUUCUCAAUUUUAUAUUAUCAAAACAUAACUUUAUGUUUACAUUGGAAUGUUAAUGUGCAUACUGUCAUAUUGUUAAGUUUUCCUGAAUUUAAGUGUUUUUAUGGUUAACUGUUAAGACAAUGUUUUGUGUCGGGAGAGGCAGUUCGUGCGGCAAUAUAUUUAAGCCUUGGAAAACAAGUCUAUAAGUUUUAAACUCCUUCCCGCGCCUUAUAAAAUAAACUCUUUAAUAAUACAAAAUGGAUAAAAAAAGCAAGAAGAAAACUGUUAUAAAGCGGAAAGCUGAAGACCCAAACGAAAGUGAAAAGAAAAAAAUCAUGAUUACUCGAAAAGUUGAGGAAGAAAAAGAUAAGGUUGAGGUGGUCAAUCAGGUGGUUGAGGUACCCGUGGAGCAAGGUCAGCAGAUUGUUCAUACCGGUCAGAUAGUGGAAGGAAACUUCGAGCAGUCAGUAUUUGUAAAUAUGAAAGGGGAGCCUGUGCAGAUAGGACCAAACACAGUUAUACUAUACGAGCAAACGAAUGGGACUCCAGCUAAUUUCGCUUUCGGCGGUAUGUGGACCAUGGAUUCUUCUGGAAGGAUAGUGAUGGCGGAGACUAUAUACGAUGUGAAAGGUGAACCGGAUGAGGAAACCGCGACUUUUGUUCAGAAUACAAAUGAAGUUGCUAACCAACCAGUAGAAGAACAGUCAGCAACAUUUCAACAGUUUGAACUGACCACUAAUUCUCAAGUCGAGGGUCAGGAAUAUGAGGUGGCUAUCAUUGAAAACCCCCAAGAUGGAACUGAAAGAUCAACAGACAAUCAGAUUAUCACAACAGAGGCACAGCUAGUAGCAACAGGUCCGGGGGCUGUGCGUUGGUUGAAUCAGAAAUAUGACUUUGUUGUCCGGAAACUGCAGUUAAAUUAUGACGCUGGUGUGAAAUUAAUGUAUUCGGAUUCGGGAUGUAUUCAAUGCGUAUAUUUCACAACACCGAGUAUGCAACAAGCUUUCAACGCUGUGCCACAGUUCCUAUGUAUUGAGACAGGUAUAGAGUUCAACAGCAACAUAUCUGCAGUGACAGGAUCGACUGCGUCAAGUAUUAAACAUAAUGUGACUUUGUUCCUCGCUGAAGAUGGCAACGGGAAGUCUGUUAUAGUUAGUGCAGGUAUAUCAACGUUGAUUGGUGAAGAUUUAAGAUGGUUGUUAGAGACUUUUAAGUCUUGUAACCCCGCUUGGAGACAGGUCCGUUGUGUGGUCUGUGACCCCACUAAAUCACAAGAGGAAGUAAGGUCGGAGUUCCCCAACGCGCAUGUAACAUGUUCAGUAUGGCAAGCGUCGUGUGCCGCUGCCAACCUAGUUGCGGAGACGGCGCGGCGUGAGGACGGCACCGCGGUGAUGCUGAGCACCCUCACUCAUGAGGAGCUGGCCACGCGCUGCAAGGCGUAUGCCCUCGCCACCCUGAGGGGAGACCACACGCCGGUCCAACUGCAGACGUUAAAACGCAAUAUAAUAGGCAGCGGUGCUGGUUCAAUGAGGUUAUUGGAUGUUGUAACUAAGUGUUCGGGAGCUAUAACCAAGUUUGAUCAAUGGCUGGAAGCGGAAAACUACACAAAUAUACUACAUAAGUGUACAUGUACACACACAAACACACCACGCCACAGCAGUGCGGCGAUAUGCAAAUACGGUACAUCAACUCAGGAGUGCUCCUGCCUCUUCAGCAAGGUGUUCCGGCUGCCGUGUCGGCAUAUACUGAUGCUGACCACUGAGUUAAAGGUGAAAACUCACAUACCAUUCGAGCCUCGUUGGACAGUACAGUACUGUCUUUUCGGCUGUGAUACUGGAAAUGCCUCCACGGGUAACAGCGGCACAUUCCUGGAGCAAGUGGUAGUGGAUGAAGGACAUCGACAGACCUUGCCUCAGCAAAUACAUGCGGUGGGUGGCGUAAGACAGCAGCAAUACGUACUAGCGACGCCAGGACAGCCCGCCACGCCAGUGUCUCAGGUGAUAUUCUGCGGCGGAGGUGUUGGGGGCGUGUCCGGGGUGGGGGGAGCCGCCCCCGUCAUCACCUCGGUACUGCCCGCGGGGGGCGCAGUCCUCACCCCACACCAUACACUGCAUCAGUGAAGUGAAGUGUUGAAAAGUGUUGGAAAGUGGUUGAAAAAUGUUGGAAAGUGGUUGAAGAGUGUUGGAAAGUGGUUGAAGAGUGUUGUAAAGUGGUUGAAAAGUGUUGAAAAGUGUUUUGUGAAGUUAAGAGUCAACAGGAAAGUAUAAGAACUCUAAUUUGACAGGUUUAUGCCUAAAGUACAGGCAUUCUGCGGUGUACCAUUUCCUUUUUUAUAUCAUAAUUGGGUAAUAAGUGAGUGCUGCCCCUAUGGACAUGUUUAUACAAGUGUUGCCUACUUGUACGAGGAGACAAACAAAGAGUAUUUCCUCUACCCAUGUCUCCUCCACUGUCAAAUCCACUUUCCCUUCCGAUCAUUUACAAGGAAAUUGUUAGUUUGUUAAACUAUUGAAUUAAACUUGUAAAUUGUCACAGAUUUGGAAGAUCUGGAAGAACACAGGUUAUUUAUGUUUUUUUAUACCACUCAAAGUCGCAAGCGAAAGCUAGUAUAUCUGUAUGAAUACAUUAUUUUACAAAACAAAGAUGUUUUUCACAAUAGGAAGAUCCUUUUGUAACAUAUUUCUAGAAUUAAUGUGAAUUGUUUUUAGCUAAUUUGUUUAAUAAAAUAUUAAUUUGA